AUGGAGAAGAAGUUAAGGAAGAAGAAGUUUAGGAAGGAGACGAAGUCAAGGAAGAAGAAGUUUUGGAUGGAGAAGAAGUUAAGGAUAAAGAAGAAAGUAUGGAUGGGGAAAAAGUUUGGAAUGGAGAAGAAUCUACUAACUAAGGAAGCAGAAGAAGUUAAGGAGGAUGGAGAAGAAGUUAGGGAAGGAGAAAAAGUGAAGAUUGAAGAACAAGUUAGGGAAGGAGAAGAAGUUAAGGAUGGAGAACAAGUUAGGGAAGGAGAAGAAGAAGUUAAGGAUGAAGAAGUAGUUUGGGAUGGGGAAGAAGUGAAGGAAGGAGAAGAAGAAGGUUUGGAUGGAGAAGAAGUUAAGGGUAAAGAAGAAAGCAUGGAUGAGGAAGAAGUUUGGGAUGGAGAAGAAGUUUGGGAUGGAGGAGAAGUUUGGAAUGGAGGAGAAGAACCGAAGUAUGGAGAAGAAGUUAAGGAAGAAGAAGUUUAG